UCGUGUUUUAGGACCAAAAUAUACAUUUCUACCAAGUUUGAAGGAAAUCGGAGAGGAAGGAGCUUUCCUUCACAAUUACCCAAAAUUAUAUUGCGUAUGUAUUCUACAUACGUGACAGGCACAUGCCUAUCCGCAGCUGAUGCGAAGCCGUUAACCUCCACGCGAGAAGUUUGUACGGGACAAUCGAGUGAACGUUUGAUACAGCGAGAGUGACACACGGCCUACAUUAUUUUUAAACACUUGUUCGCACACGCGGAUAUGCGGAUAUUCGUUUGAACAAGUGUCGGUCGCGUGCGGACUGCGGCCUCGUAUAACCUAACCUGCUCCGCCUCUCGUGUAACCUAACCUUCCUUCAGACUUGUCAGUUGUGCACGAUCGCGUCAGAUGCAGAUGACACACCACCCGGGAUCGCAUUCGCGUCGUCCGCAGAGUGAGAGGCUUCCAGGGGAACACGAGAGCUCCGAGCGAUGAACGUGCAGGCGAGGCAUCCCUAUGAGGGCCUGCUGCACAAGUACACGAACGCCAUGAAGGGCUGGCAGUACCGCUGGUUCAUCCUGAGCCCCGAGACCGGCGAGCUGCACUACUUCCUCAGCGAGUCCGAGAAGAAUCAGAGGCCGCGGUGCUCGAUAUACCUGGCGGGCGCGGUGAUAGCGCCCAGCGACGAGGAUUCCAACACGUUCACCGUCAACUCCGCCACGGGUGACAUGAUCAAGCUGCGAGCGACGGACGCGCGAGCCCGCCAGGAGUGGGUGGACAAGCUGCGGGCGGUCACGGAAAUGUACACCAGGGCGAUAGCGAGCAGCCAUCCCCCGUUGCCGCCCCGCGAACACUCCGGCAACACCGGCAGGAAUCCCGUGGUGAAGCUCGAGGUGCUGGACGCUUUCGCCAACUGCCAGGAGCAGCUGAGGAAGGUCGAGAAGCAGAAUCUCGCCCUGGCGCAGUCGAUCGAGAACUCGGAGCUGCACCUCGAUCAGGACCUGCUCGUUCUCAAAGCCAUGGCGCACACCACGCUGCACACACUGAGCCAGUGUCUUAACAUAUUAUAUCAGUAGCGCGAGCCAGCCGCGCAUAUUAUGCUUACCUCGAUUGAUAUUAAAGUUUUUUAUACCUGCCUACAUAUA